CUAAAAAUAAUCAUAUUCCGAAACUAUCGUCAAGCAACAAAUAUCGUGUGUGGGCCUCAAUAGACGCCUAUAUAACUGUAAUUAAAGCUGUUGCAUUGCAUGCAUUUUCGAUCGGCAAAUGCCGGCUGCGGUAACCUUGUUUUGUUAAGUUGCGAAAUUAUUGCGCCAUGUCGGAGGCAACUGAAGUGCAGGCCACUGAAGCAGAUGAACCGGCAGCGGUCCCUACACUGCCCGAGACCAUCGAUAAUAUGGAGGAUGAGGACUUAGCCAACCUGGUCACGGCAGAGGAAUAUCUCAUGCGCAAAGAUGUCCAGCUGCUGGAAUAUGAGAAACAAAUGUUCCUCGAUACGGUGCACGCUGAUGGCCUGCUCGUGGCUGCCAAAGGCCUGAGCUAUGAGCGCGUGCUGCUGCACAUCCUGAAGGUCUACAGCGACGCGGGCAAUUUGCUGCUGGUUAUCAACAGCGCGGACUGGGAGGAACAGUACUACAAGUCAAAGCUGGAUAGCAAAUAUGUGCACGAGGUAGCCAACACGGCUACCGAACGUGAACGCGUUUACCUGGAGGGCGGCAUUCAGUUUAUAUCCACACGGAUUCUGGUUGUUGAUCUGCUCAAGCAACGCAUACCCAUUGAGCUCAUAACGGGCAUCAUUGUGAUGCGCGCUCACAGCAUCAUCGAGAGCUGCCAGGAGGCGUUCGCUUUGCGUCUCUAUCGCCAGCGCAACAAGACGGGCUUCAUCAAGGCCUUCUCCUGCAGCCCGGAAGCCUUCACCAUUGGCUACUCGCACAUCGAGCGCACCAUGCGCAAUCUGUUUGUCAAGCAGCUAUAUAUCUGGCCGCGAUUCCAUGCCACAGUGCGUGCUGCGCUGCAUCCGUGGCAGGCGCAAACCAUCGAGCUGCAUGUGCCUCUCAGCACACGGAUGAGCUCCAUCCAAUCGCACAUUCUGGACAUUAUGAACUUUCUGGUGCGCGAGAUCAAGCGCAUCAAUCGCACCGUCGACAUGGAAGCGGUCACCGUGGAGAAUUGUGUUACCAAGAAAUUCCACAAAAUUCUCCAAGCCCAGCUCGAUUGCAUUUGGCAUCAGCUCAAUUCGCAAACCAAACUCAUCGUGGCCGAUCUCAAAAUACUGCGCAGUCUUAUGAUAUCCACGAUGUACCACGAUGCAGUCAGCUCGUACGCGUUGAUCAAACGCUAUCGCAGCACUGAGUACGCCAUUAGCAACUCUGGGUGGACGCUCAUGGAUGCCGCCGAGCAGAUAUUCGUGCUGUCCAAGCAGCGCGUCUACAAUGGGCAAAAUGAAUUCGAGCCGGAACCGUGUCCCAAGUGGCAGGCACUUAGCGAGCUCCUCACACAGGAUAUACCUGGCGAUAUGAGUCGUCGUCGAGGCGCCAAUCAUCUGGAGCCGCCCAAGGUGCUGAUACUCUGCCAGGACUCGCGCGCCUGCUACCAGCUGAAGCAGUAUCUGACCCAAGGCAGCGCACGCUAUCUGCUGCAGCAGGCGUUGCGGCACGAGGUGCACGUUGGCAAGCUGAGCGAUGAGUUUGCCAAACAGAGUCAAGGCCCAGCUAUGGCGGAGUCGGCAACUGAGGCAGCUGUUAAGGCGGAACCGAUGGCUGCUCCUGCUGCUCCACCUCCGCCGGCGGCGGCGGCGCUGGACGAACUCUCGCAGCUGCUGAGCGAAACGGAUGUGGAGGCUCAGUUGCAGCAGCAGCUGUUCGAGGAGAGCUACAUGCUCACCAUGACCCAGGCCAUGCCCAACGAUCCCGAUCCGAAUGCCUCGAUCUUCGAGAUAAUACCCGAACUGGAGCAGUUUGAUGUGUCCGCGGCUCUGGCCGCCCACAGACAGCCCUGCAUUUGCCUGCAGACGUUCAAGACGGAGCGCGAGGGCUCCAUGGCCUUGGAGCAUAUGCUCGAGCAGCUCCAGCCGCACUACGUGAUCAUGUACAAUACGAAUGUGACGGCCAUACGGCAGCUGGAGGUCUUUGAGGCGCGACGUCGCCUGCCGCCCGAUGAGCGCAUGAAAAUCUAUUUCCUAAUCCAUGCGCGCACCGUCGAGGAGCAAUCCUAUUUGACCAGCUUGCGUCGCGAGAAGUCCGCCUUCGAGCUAAUCAUCGAAACGAAGAGUAAAAUGGUGAUACCCGAGUAUCAGGACGGCAAGACGGACGAAGCCUUUGUCCUCUACAAGAGCUACGACGACGAGGAGCCGACGAACGCGCGGACACGUCAAGGCGCCGCGACGGGCGUGGCGCUGGCCAGUGCACGGAUCACGCCCAAAAUAAUUGUGGACAUGCGCGAGUUUCGCUCCGAUCUGCCGUGCCUAAUCCAUCGCCGCGGGCUGGAGGUGGUGCCGGUGACAAUCACCAUCGGCGACUACAUUCUGACGCCGGAGAUGUGUGUGGAGCGUAAAUCGAUAUCGGAUCUAAUCGGCUCACUCAACUCGGGCCGGCUCUACAACCAGUGUGUGCAAAUGCAGCGCUACUAUGCCAAGCCCAUACUGCUGAUCGAGUUCGACCAGAAUCGUCCGUUCCACUUGCAGGGCAAGUUCAUGCUCUCCCAGCAGACGACGGCGACGAACGCGGACAUCAUGCAGAAGCUGCAGUUGCUCACGCUGCACUUUCCGCGCUUGCGCCUGAUCUGGUCGCCCAGUCCGUAUGCGACGGCCCAGCUGUUCGAGGAGCUGAAGCUGGGCAAAGAGGAGCCGGAUGCCCAGGUGGCCGCCGCACUGGGCAGCGACGAGGCUGGCCCUGCGCCGGGCGAACAGCUGCAGUAUAACAAUGCCGUCCAUGAUUUUCUGUUGCGUCUGCCGGGCGUCCACACGCGCAAUGUUCACGGACUGCUGCGGAAGGGCGGCAGCUUGCGACAAUUGCUGCAGCUCAGCCAGACGGAGCUCGCCGAGUUGCUGCAGUCGCAGGAGAGCGGCAAGCUGCUCUGGGACAUACUGCAUGUGGCGCAUCUGCCCGAGAAAGAUGAGGUCGCUGGCUCCUCGGCGCUGCUGGCGGCGAGCAAACAAUUUGGCAGCGGCUCCCACAAUCGUUUCCGUAAAGCAGCCGGCGAGGCCAGACGAGGCAGGCGUUAAACAGAUGGAGGGAGCAACUGGGAAGAGAUGAAAUGUUAACAGAAAGAUGCAACCAGGAGUAGAGACAGUGGAGGAAGCCGAAGCAGAAGGAGCAACAGCAGAAGGAGAGGCAGGAGCAAAAGGCAGAGCAGCAGUAGCAGGGAUAGGAUUAAGAAGGGCAGACUCAGGAGCAGAAGGAAGCGAAGAGAGAGGAAGAAGAAAAUGAGGAGCAGUAAUUGCAGCAGAAGGAGCACAGGGCAAACAAGCUGAUGAGGGAGGAGUUGAAGGUAGAGGAAAAGGAGCACGAGGUGCCUCUCGUAGAGCAGGUGAGGCAAAGUAGGAAACGAGUGAGAAGCAGGAGCAGUAGCAGGGGACGCAGUUGAUAACGAGCUGCUCAUAAAGAGAACUUAACGCAAUUUGCUCACGUUCAACGUUCGCAACGAGCGCGCGCGCCUUGGGAACAGUCAAGCAGGAUAAACAGGCGCAGCUGCUGACCGCUGCCCAUCCGAUGCAGGAAGCGAAGAGCGAAGGGGGUGUGGGGGGUGGCUGUGGAGGCAAUCGAUGCGAAUGCAUUUUUAAUGCUCCCAUUGCAGCUGUGGACAAUCGUUCGACUUCCUUUUCCUGCUCCCCAAACGCUGUUGCACCAACUCCCAACAGUCCCAGCAAUCAACAGUUGCGCAAAAGGAUUAAAUCACAGGGUAUUUUAUGUUUUAAGUUUAGUUGAAUCUUAUGUCUAAAUGUACAAAGUUAACUCAGUGCAUAGCAAUGCCUGGUUUGGCUCUAUUAUUUUGUUAAUUUAAGCGAUUGCUAAGAAGGUUUCUGACCCGUUUCCUGUCGUAUUUCCCACCGUUACAGACGUCGCAGCUGUUUAUAAUUCUGUGAAUAUGAGUUUUGAGAUUGGGGUGAUCGAUUUCGAGCUUGAUCCCGCAAUGCCCAAGCUCAUUUUUAUGAAACAAGGCUAUUUGGCUGUGCAACCCAUCUUCUCUAGCGAACCUUGUGCAUUUUACGUAUUUUGUCCUUGGAUUAGAAGCGUAAAGUGUGUGGGAAAACUCCUAUAUUUUCCGUUGUUAUUUGCCGUCGCAGAAUAUUUAGUGCUUGAGUGUCUUCUAGAUCUUUUUUUGCUAAUGUAAAUUCUAUUUUUAAGGAACACCUGCACAAGGGUUUCGGGUUUUCCUUCGGCAAAAAUGAGUUGUACUUUGAACCUGUUAACUACUGUAUCUAGAAUGGGUAUAUCGAAGCCCUGGUCCUCUUGAGAGUGGAUUGCUUGGACGUCUUCGUCCGUCGAUUCGGUCUCCUUUAAGUUUAUUUCGUCUUCUCUGAUACUGUUGUUAUUUUUUCCUUUUAUGUACUCCAUGUGGAAGUUGUAUUCUCCUAGGCCAAUAAGCCAUCGUUGUAGUCUUGGGCCGUAUAUUUGGCCAUCAGCCAUUUUAAUGGCUGCUGAUCACUCUCAAUAUCAAAUUCCUUACCCUAAACGUACGUUCGAAAGUAUUUCGCGGUCCAUACAAUGGCUCGGAGUUCUUUCUCUAUGGUUGAGUAUUUGAUUUCUCCUUAUGUAGCUUGACAUAGGUCAUGCUAUUUUUGCGUAAUCCCUAACGAAUUUUCUGUAAAAUCCUGUCAUCCCCAGGAAAGAUUAGAUUUGUUUAGGAGUUCUGGGCAGUUUUAAAGAUUUUUAUUUUUAUUUUUUUUUAUUUUGUUGCGGCGUAUUGUCUUAGACUCUAUAGCGCAUUUAGCUCUAAACCUUAUCUAGUGAGAGGGCAGAUAUGUUAAUAAUUACUACUAUCUUGACUAGUUCUAAU